AUGUCAUUGGUCCACCAUCUCUGCCUGCCAUGCCCGGCCAGCAAGCUCGAGGCCGAAGUCGCCUUUUUCUCCAACGCCUGUGCACACAUGGGUGUCAAGGAGGUUAUGCGGCCUGUCCCCACGGUUGUUGGCCUCGGAGAGACGGCGCCCUGGCUUUGGAUCUCGGGAGUGGAUGGGAAACGUGAACCCAUCGCAGACACUGAGCAGAUCCAUCCGGUUCACCUGGCGCUCGCGGCCAAAGACCAAGCCCAGGUGGAUGCGUUCUAUGAGGCGGCCCUCAAGGCCGGCGGGAAAGACAACGGAGCUCCGGGCCUCAGACCUGAGUAUCGUUCCAAUUAUUAUGGGGCGUUUGUCAUCAGCCCCGCGGGACACAACAUUGAAGCCGUAAUCUUUCUGCCUGAGUGA